UCACUAACCAGGUUCAUCAUGCCUCGUGGUCAGAAGAGUAAAAGCCGGGCCCGUGAGAAACGCCGGCAGGCCCAAGGUGAAACCCAGGGUCUUGAGGGUGCUGAGGCCCCUGCAGCAGAGGAAGAAGAAUCUCCUUCCCCCUCCUCUCCUGUUUUAGGGGGUGCUCUCCAGUGCACCCCUGCUGCUGGCAUUCCCCAGGAGUCUCAGAGGUCCCCACCCCCCACUACUCCUACUAAAGCUUUUUCUCGCCUGAGAGUUGCUGAAGGUGCCAGGUGCCAAGAUGAGAACCGUCCAAGUUCCUUUCAGGCCACCUGCUAUGCUGAGAGUUCCUGCAGAGAUCCUCUCACCAGGAAGGCGAGAAUGUUGGUGGAGUUCCUGACAGAGAAGUAUAAAUCGAAAGAGCCCAUCACUAAAGCAGCCAUGCUGAAGAUUGUCAACAAGAAGUACCAGAAUCAAUUCCCUGAGAUCCUCAGAAGAACCGCUGAGCGCAUGGAGCUGGUCUUUGGCCUUGAAUUAAAGGAAGUUGAUCCCAGUGGUCAGUCCUAUUCACUUGUCAGCAAAUUAGAUCUCACCAGUGAGGGGAAUCUGAGUGGUGGUGGGGCCUUGCCUAGAACGGGUCUCCUGAUGACCCUCCUGGGUGUGAUUUUCAUGAAGGGCAAUCGGGCCACUGAGGAAGAGAUCUGGGGAUUCCUGAAUGCAUUGGGGGUGUUUGCUGGGAGGAAGCACUUAAUCUUUGGGGAGCCCAGGAGGCUCCUCACCAAAGAUUUGGUGCAGGAAAAGUACCUGGAGUACCAGCAGGUGCCCGACAGUGACCCUCCACGCUACGAAUUCUUGUGGGGUUCCAGGGCCCACGCUGAAACCAGCAAGAUGAAAGUCUUGGAGGUUUUGGCCAAGAUCAAUGAUACGGUCCCUAGUUCCUUCCCUGCCCUGUAUGAAGAGGCUUUGAGGGAUGAGCAGGAGAGGGCUGGAACCAGGGUUCCAGUCACGGCUGGCACGACUGUCCCGGCCAGGGCACGGCCCAGGGCCUCGGCCAGCAGCUCCUCCUGCAAGUGA